GGGGAAGAUGGUGGAGGACGGCGCGGAGGAGCUGGAGGACCUGGUGCACUUCUCCGUGUCCGAGUUGCCUAGUCGCGGCUACGGAGUCAUGGAGGAGAUCAGGCGGCAGGGCAAGCUGUGCGACGUGACGCUCAAGAUCGGGGACCACAAAUUCAGUGCUCACCGGAUCGUCUUGGCAGCCUCAAUCCCGUACUUCCACGCUAUGUUUACAAACGACAUGAUGGAGUGUAAGCAGGAUGAGAUUGUCAUGCAAGGAAUGGACCCAAGCGCCCUGGAGGCUCUGAUCAACUUCGCCUACAACGGCCACCUUGCCAUCGACCAGCACAACGUCCAGUCGCUGCUCAUGGGGGCGAGCUUCCUGCAGCUGCAGAGCAUCAGAGAGGCCUGCUGCACGUUCCUCCGAGAACGGCUUCACCCCAAGAACUGCCUGGGUGUGCGGCAGUUUGCCGAGACCAUGAUGUGUGCCGUGCUCUACGACGCGGCCAACAGCUUCGUCCACCAGCACUUUGUGGAGGUGUCCAUGUCAGAAGAGUUCCUGGCCCUGCCCCCAGAGGACGUGCUGGAGCUGGUGUCCCGGGACGAGCUGAACGUGAAAUCAGAGGAGCAGGUCUUUGAAGCUGCUUUGGCCUGGAUCCGAUAUGACCGAGAGCAGAGGGGGGCCUGCCUGCCUGAGCUGCUGUCCAAUAUCCGCCUGCCUCUCUGCCGACCCCAGUUCCUGUCAGACCGGGUGCAACAGGAUGACCUGGUGCGAUGCUGCCACAAAUGCAGGGACCUGGUGGAUGAAGCGAAGGACUAUCACCUCAUGCCAGAGCGCCGGCCCCACCUGCCAGCCUUCCGAACGCGGCCCCGCUGCUGCACCUCCAUCGCGGGCCUCAUCUAUGCUGUAGGCGGCCUCAACUCAGCAGCAAAUUUUUAUGCAGGUGACUCCCUGAACGUGGUGGAAGUGUUCGACCCCAUCGCCAAUCGCUGGGAGAAGUGCCACCCCAUGACCACAGCCCGGAGUCGCGUGGGCGUGGCCGUGGUGAACGGGCUGCUCUAUGCCAUCGGGGGCUACGACGGCCAGCUCCGGCUGAGCACUGUGGAAGUCUACAACCCAGAGACGGACACCUGGACCAGAGUGGGCAGCAUGAAUAGCAAGAGAAGUGCCAUGGGGACAGUUGUGCUGGAUGGACAGAUCUACGUCUGUGGGGGCUACGAUGGCAACUCCUCCCUCAACUCUGUUGAGACCUACUCGCCCGAGACGGACAAGUGGACCGUGGUGACCCCGAUGAGCUCCAAUCGCAGCGCUGCGGGGGUCACAGUCUUUGAGGGCAGGAUAUAUGUGUCGGGAGGCCAUGACGGCCUGCAGAUUUUCAACAGUGUGGAGCACUACAACCACCACACGGCCAGCUGGCACCCGGCCGCAAGCAUGCUGAACAAGCGUUGCCGGCACGGCGCCGCCUCCCUGGGCAGCAAGCUGUUCGUCUGCGGGGGCUACGACGGCUCGGGCUUCCUCAGCAUCGCCGAAGUGUACAGCUCGGCGGCCGACCAGUGGUGCCUGAUCGUCCCCAUGCACACGCGGCGGAGCCGGGUCUCCCUGGUGGCCAGCUGUGGACGCCUCUACGCCGUGGGCGGUUACGACGGGCAGUCGAACCUCAGCUCGGUGGAGAUGUACGACCCAGAGAUGGACCGCUGGACCUUUAUGGCGCCCAUGGCGUGCCACGAGGGGGGGGUCGGUGUGGGCUGCAUCCCCCUCCUCACCAUCUGAGGCUGAGAGGGUGGGAUGCGCAGGGGUGGUAAGGGGGUCUGCCUCAAACACAGGCGCUCCUUCCGGCACCGCCCCGCUUCGGGGAGAAGCAGUGGACCCGAAGGUGGGGUGCGCACCCCCUCCCCAGGUACGGGGUUUCCAGGUGCUCAAGCCUGCCCUCGGUGGGUUGCCCCUGCGCCCGUCGGGCCUAGGCCAUCACGACGCAGGGCCGGGGCCCCAAGAAGCCCCUCUGGGCCCCGCUGCCCGGCGCCCACCCGC